ACCACAAACACUUGUGCAGUGACGGAGAGACUAUGAUGCUGGGGUGUGUUCAGACUGAUGUGAGAGACAUUUGAAAUUGAGGAAGAGAGAGCGAGAGAGAGAACAGACAGUGUAUUUCACUCACUCUCACACACAAACACACAGAGAGAUGAUCAUCUACCAAUGCUGUGGCUGUCUUCCUAAACCACCUCUGGUGUAACCUGCUGAUAUAGAAGGCCUGUGGGCUACAAGUCACCAUGGGGCCCCGUAACUGCUGGUCCUGGACCAGCCUACCUCUCACCAUCUUGGUUGUGCUUCUCUUCCCCCGGGAUGCCCAUGGUCAAGAUUCUGAUUGUUUCCCAGAGAUUAGAGUGGCACGGAACACAGUAUGGAAGGCUUCACCUGGGAAACAACUGAAGAUGAACUGUUCUGUUGAUUUCUGUUCCAACUUACCACCACCAUCAUGGUGUAAGUUUGAUGAAUCAAACAAAUGCAAUACUGUCAACACAACAGCUCUCAUUCAAACACAGUUGACAUAUUUGACAAACACUACAUGGAUCUCAUUUCUGACUUUCACAAACAUAUCCAGAGGUGAUGCUGGUCUAUACAGGUGUAAAUUACACACGGCUGUGGGUCAUUCUAUAAAUGUUACUGUCUCAGAGAGAAUCGAAGACACCACAGAUUUAUAUCAGAACAAUGAAACAACAAACAGUACAGUGAGUCAGAGGGACAGCUUCCUGGAGUGGGUGUGGCCUUAUGUUUACUCCUCGGUUGGGAUUGUGGUGUUUGUCAUCGUGGUGAUAACCAUAUCCAUGCUCUCAAUGCGUGGCUGUAAAGGUGCCUGUCCGGCCAGGAAGUCAAGGAAAGAGGACCAAACAGAGAACCAGUAUAUGGCUAUACCAAUGACCCAGCAAGCAUUCCCACGACCCAACCCCCAACCCCACCACAGACGAAGCAUCCGAUCCCACCAAGCCCAGGACCGGCCCCAAGCCCAGCCCCGGCCCCAAGCCCAGGCACAAGCCCAGCCCACCCCACCGCCGGACUGUAUCUAUGACAACGCACCUGCCAGGGGCCCACGUGGCACUCAUCCGGCACCCGUCCAAGAUGCAGCCAAUCAGGUAGCUGUCCCGGUGGACAGGGAUGAUACCUAUAGCAACGGGAAGGAGAAAAAGGAAGAAAGUGAUAUCAUGUACGCAGCGCUCAACCAUCAGGUAAAGCCUCGAGCCGCACCGCGCCCUGCACAGCCUCAGGAGGAGGGCUCAGAGUACGCAGCCAUACGAGUGUCCUGAGCCCUGGAACCAGGAAGUAAAACUUCUCUUCCCAGAGGGCCGCAGUCCUACUGGUCUUUGUUUCUCCCUGAUUACGAGAAGGGGGUCGCUGCGUCCCAAUAUGGCGACCGGAAUAUGGACGAGUGGGUGUGUCGAAAGGGAAGUAGUGGGCGUGUGGAAAGGAGUGGGUGUGUCAAAGCGCUCUGCUAUAGGUUAGACGGUUUUGAUUGAGCUGUAUUUUUUCUCUUCCGUUUCUUGCCACUCAACCAGACUGUGACACACAACUAGGUGCUAUCUACAACCAAAAAGGAUUAUUUGGCUGUCCUCAUCAGAGAACCCUUUGAAGAACCCCCGUUGGUUCCAGAUAGAACCCUUCUGGGUUCCAUGAAGAACCCUUUCCACAGAGGGUACUACAUGGAAUCCAAAAGAGUUCUACCUGGAACCAAAAAGGGUUCUCCUAUGGGGACAGCCGUAAAACCCUUUUGGAACCCUUUUUUUCUACGAGUGUACCUCACAUUGAGCUACCAUACUGCGAGUUGGGACUUCUGUUUUUAAGCCAGAGGAUGAGUCUGAGUGUUAGAAUUACAUGAACAAUUGUACAUUUUCCGGUUUAAAACUGAAGAUUGUUUAUUGGGGUGGCAGGUAGCCUUGUGGUUAGAGUGUUGGGCCGGUAACCGAAAGGUUGCUAGGUCAAAUCCUAUAUUCUGCCCCUGAACAAGGCAGUUAACCCACUGUUCCUAGGCCGUCAUUGUAAAUAAGAAUUUGUUCUUAACUGACUUGCCUAGUUAAAUAAAUAAAAAAUAAAAAAAUGGAAGUAUUGAUGAUGGGUGUACUGUUGCUUUAUGGGUUGUACGCAUGUUCUUACUGUGACUGUCACCCUGAUAUAUUACUGUGACUGUCACCCUGAUAUAUUACUGUGACUGUCAUCCUGAUAUAUUACUGUGACUGUCACUUAUGAUAUAUUACUGUGACUGUCACUUAUGAUAUAUUACUGUGACUGUCACCCUGAUAUAUUAUUGUGACUGUCACCCUGAUAUAUUAUUGUGACUGUCAUCCUGAUAUAUUACUGUGACUGUCACUCUGAUAUAUUACUGUGACUGACACCCUGAUAUAUUACUGUGACUGACACCCUGAUAUAUUACUGUGACUGUCACUCUGAUAUAUUACUGUGACUGUCACCCUGAUAUAUUACUGUGACUGUCACCCUGAUAUAUUACUGUGACUGUCAUCCUGAUAUAUUACUGUGACUGUCACUUAUGAUAUAUUACUGUGACUGUCACUUAUGAUAUAUUACUGUGACUGUCACCCUGAUAUAUUAUUGUGACUGUCACCCUGAUAUAUUAUUGUGACUGUCAUCCUGAUAUAUUACUGUGACUGUCACUCUGAUAUAUUACUGUGACUGACACCCUGAUAUAUUACUGUGACUGACACCCUGAUAUAUUACUGUGACUGACACCCUGAUAUAUUACUGUGACUGUCAUCCUGAUAUAUUAUUGUGACUGUCAUCCUGAUAUAUUACUGUGACUGUCACUCUGAUAUAUUACUGUGACUGACACCCUGAUAUAUUACUGUGACUGACACCCUGAUAUAUUACUGUGACUGUCAUCCUGAUAUAUUACUGUGACUGUCACUUAUGAUAUAUUACUGUGACUGUCACUUAUGAUAUAUUACUGUGACUGUCACCCUGAUAUAUUAUUGUGACUGUCACCCUGAUAUAUUAUUGUGACUGUCACCCUGAUAUAUUAUUGUGACUGUCAUCCUGAUAUAUUACUGUGACUGUCACUCUGAUAUAUUACUGUGACUGACACCCUGAUAUAUUACUGUGACUGACACCCUGAUAUAUUACUGUGACUGUCACUCUGAUAUAUUACUGUGACUGUCACCCUGAUAUAUUACUGUGACUGUCACCCUGAUAUAUUACUGUGACUGUCAUCCUGAUAUAUUACUGUGACUGUCACUUAUGAUAUAUUACUGUGACUGUCACCCUGAUAUAUUAUUGUGACUGUCAUCCUGAUAUAUUACUGUGACUGUCACUCUGAUAUAUUACUGUGACUGACACCCUGAUAUAUUACUGUGACUGACACCCUGAUAUAUUACUGUGACUGUCACCCUGAUAUAUUACUGUGACUGACACCCUGAUAUAUUACUGUGACUGACACCCUGAUAUAUUACUGUGACUGUCACCCUGAUAUAUUACUGUGACUGACACCCUGAUAUCUUACUGUGACUGACACCCUGAUAUAUUACUGUGACUGUCACCCUGAUAUAUUACUGUGACUGACACUCGGAUAUAUUACUGUGACUGUCACCCUGAUAUAUUACUGUCACUCUGAUAUUGGCUACUAGGUAGCUACUUCCCAUGCCGUUACCGGACAGUAGUGCCUGUUAAGCGGGAGUGAACGGUACUGUCUCCCGGUGUUGUUGUUUUUCAUGCGUACCCUCCCCAUUGAGUAGUAGACUGUAUGUACUGUAUGUAUCAAGGUGACAUCUAGAUGGUUAUCAGUAUUAGUUACUUCUUGUGUAGGCUGCUAUCCUCUUUUAAAUAAAAUCAUUUGAGAGAAAAUGUUGCCACGUUAGCUGCCGCCUGUGACAUGAAUGACCAUGAUACCAGUGGCGAUCGAUGCCAUUUAAGAUUAUUUUAACCUUUAUUUAACUAGUCAAGUCAUUUAAGAACAAAUUCAUAUUUACAAUGACGGCCUACACCGGCCAAACCCGGACGACGCUGGGCCAAUUGUGCGCAACCCUAUGGGACUACUAAUCACGGCCGGUUGUGAUACAGCCUGGAAUCGAACCAGGGUGUCUGUAGCGACACCUCAAGCACUGAGAUGCAGUGCCUUAGACCGCUGCACCACUCGGGAGCCCUGAUGAGUGAUGAGGGAGGACGUCUUUUUUUCUUCUUUCAUGAGCAUGGCCUUAUUUCUAUUACGGCUUAUUGGAUGACUGUCAUUCAUAUUCCAUUCACCCAGUUCAAUGUAACAUCGAUAGGUUUAGGCUACUACAUGAUAGUCAAAUUUUCCCUGUACCCAUCAUGAGGUUUCCUCAACCUAUGAAUGAAAGCUACAACAUGGUGCUCUUUAGGCUACUGUAGACCUACAUUGCAAAACAGUGUGUUUUAAUCAAUUAUUUGGUGACGUGAAUAUAUUUAGAAUAUUUUUUUCUAAAAAGGCUAACUUUUUAAAAAUGUUUUACUAUUUAAUUUAUUAUGAAAUUCACUAAGGAAGAUGUUCCUCCCCUUCCUCCUCUGAGGAGCCUCCACUGCAUGAUACCCAUUAGGAAGCAGGCAUGUCGAUACAACCCUGGUGCGCUAGUCCAGCUUAUCGACUCGUCUUGCAGCCCAAUCAGCCACGUGAAACAGUAUUCAGUGGCAACAAAUCUGCCCAAUUAGCUGAUUUCGCUUUCCAUACACCCACUCUCCCAUACUUCUGUCGCCAUGUUGGGCUGCAGAUACCCAUACUUCUGUCGCCAUGUUGGGCUGCAGAUACCCAUACUUCUGUCGCCAUGUUGGGCUGCAGAUACCCAUACUUCUGUCGCCAUGUUGGGCUGCAGAUACCCAUACUUCUGUCGCCAUGUUGGGCUGCAGAUACCCAUACUUCUGUCACCAUGUUGGGCUGCAGAUACCCAUACUUCUGUCGCCAUGUUGGGCUGCAGAUACCCAUACUUCUGUCGCCAUGUUGGGCUGCAGAUACCCAUACUUCUGUCACCAUGUUGGGCUGCAGAUACCCAUACUUCUGUCGCCAUGUUGGGCUGCAGAUACCCAUACUUCUGUCGCCAUGUUGGGCUGCAGAUACCCAUACUUCUGUCGCCAUGUUGGGCUGCAGAUACCCAUACUUGGUAUAACAGAAAUCGAUCAGCUGGCUGCCUCUGAACUUUGAACUUCUACCAAUGAUAACAUCAGCCUUAACUAUGGUCUUUUGGAUAAAACUUUCUUACAGAGGUUGAUUCUUGAGGCCUACAUGAAAUAUUCUACUGCACUGUAAUCACGUGAAAAUCAGUUGACUGUGAAUGUAACUGUGAUUGAUUGUUUUUUUUAAUGCAUUUUUUUGUGAUUGCGUGUUACCUAUUUAAACAAAUAAUCAGAUUUGAUUUACUAUAAUAUCAUUUUCACUGCAAUAUUACUAUUCUCCAUUCCUUACUGUAAUCAACCAGUUUCAGUGAAAUCACUGUGAGUGAUGACAAUCCCCUGGCCUUGGGUUUAGUUGAGGUGUUACUGUCGUUAUGCAGGGUGUUUUGCAGUUUACCUCUUGUGCUGGGAUGUGAUUAGGAGGUUUCCUGUGCUACACAAACCAAAAACCCCACAUGCUGCAGCACACAGUUACAUAUCCUGUGAUGCAGUGAGAAGCUUUCUCUCUCUGUGUGUGUGUGUGUGUGUGUGUGUGUGUGUGUGUGUGUGUGUGUGUGUGUGUGUGUGUGUGUGUGUGUGUGUGUGUGUGUGUGUGUGUGUGUGUGUUCAUGCCUGAUCUACUGUUCCUGCAUGUGUGUGCAUGUAUUAUCCCAGCUAGCACAUAAUGUUCUGAGAACCAUAUAUUUCUUAGACCUUGAUGAGAGUAUGCUUGUCCUAUGAUUAUUUUGCACACAUCCUUGCCACAAUGUUCUGGGAAUGGUGCAGGAUACCCAGCUAGCACAUAACGUUCUAAGAACCAUACUUCAGCAUAAUGUUUUCUGCAGGUUUCCUCAUGGUUCUAUUUAAAGGAAAAAUCCACCCAAAACCACUCAUUCCUAUAAUUUACAGUGUUGCAUAACACUAAUAUGUGAGAACAAUAUUUUUUGUGAACACAUUUUUUAUUUUGUCGUUAUAAUAAAGUUGGUAGCAACGGGAAAAUCAUUGUGGAAAUCUGUUGCAGCUCAAGAUGACUAAAAAACCCACAAUGCAAUGCUCUCUCUAUGGGCUGGCUGGCUAGUAGCUAGCUAGCAAACGUAGCUACACACAAUAAUACCAAAGUCAAUAUCAGCAUGUGAAGUAGCUAGUUGGCUUUAUAAUUGCCUAAACAAACUGCAAUAUUAAUUUAGGAGUCUACAAUCUCACCAUGUUAAACAUGCAGAUCGAUGUGCCUCAGAGUGGAGUCUGACAUUCACAACGGCACCAUGCAAUGCACCCUGGACUGAAGAGGCAGAUAAAUAGGAGAAAUGUGUUAGACCCUCUGUUAAAUUACACAUUUCUCCAGGUAGGAAUAUCGUGAAAAUAUGAUCAAUGGCUCAUUGGAGAGAAGACUACCUCCCACGUUAUGACAUCGGCCAGUAUUAGAAUCUGACACGUAUGAUAGACGUUUUAACGAUCUAAAAGUCAGAUUCCUAUUAACUUCCAGUGUAGUGAGAGACACUUUAACACAAUGCUACAUCAUACUGGCCGAAGUUCUGCCUGCUUGAACGGCAAUAACUCAGAUACACAUGAAAACAUGAAAUGACCCAGGGAAUCGAUAGAACAUCACUCAGAGACGCACAAAAACAUUCUAACAUUCAAAAUGGGUGAAUCUUUACUUUAAAGUCAUGUUCUCAGAACAUUAAGAAAACUUUCCAUAAAAAUCACAAGCAAACAUUAGUAACAUUCUAAGAAUGUUAUUUAAAAACAUAUACAUUCCAUUCUCAACAUCAACAAAACUCUCUCUGUACUCUAUCUUGUUAAGUGUGUUCAGGUGUGUUGACCUUAAUGGGUGCUUGUUUCCUUUGAAAUGGGGUCUGUUUGAAUAGAUUAAAAUGAACGGCUUUGUAUCAGUACAAAUACAUGGCAUGCUAGCUCCAUCUUGGUGGCGCAGUGGACUAAUUCCAAAACCUUCGGGAACCGUAGUAAACGUUCUCAGAACCUCCCUGUAAGCUACAAAUGAACAUUCCCAGAAAGUUUUCACUUUCUGUUUUACCGGUCAGGAAAUGUAUGUCUUCCUUCGCAGAAGCAAUUUGAAACCAAAAACGCACAUUCCCCGGACUUCCAAGUAACCGCAUUUAGUAGACUGGAUGUGAGUGUUUAUGUGCUUGCAUGAGUGUGUUAUGUGAUUGCAUGAGUUACUAUAUGUGAUUGUGAUCUCCUAACCAUCACAAAGACACAGGGCCUUGAACAGGAAACACAGGGCUGACCACAGUGUCGUGAAGUACACCUGACAUGGUGGGAUUGAGACUGUGUUGUUUUACAGCACAGGUGUCAAACUCAUUCCACGGAGGGCCGAGUGUCUGCGGGUUUUUGUUCCUCCCGUCUACUUCACUGUAAAAACAGAAAGUCUCAAAACACCAUGCAUGAUUGUGUAACGAAACCAUGGAAAAUAGUGCACCUAAGCUGAGAUUUGGUGUUUGGAAGGUGUUUGAAUGUAAACCCAAUGAGAGUGUUUUAAAUACAGAGAAUGUGUUUUAAAACAGAAAUGAAGUACUUUGAAAGACCCAAAGUGGUUCAUCAACCUGACUUGGUGUUUUUAAGAGAGUGUUGUGAAAACACUUUUUGUGGUUUCAGUGCAUGUAAAAGGCAGCAUCAAAACACAAAAACAGUUUUUCUCAUGCAAUUAAUAGUUUAUAAAUGCAAAUGGUUUAUAAUCCUAAAUAUUGAUUGAUGAUAAGGUCCUAUGGAGAAUAUUUUUUGUGGAGUUCUACCUUUAUUUUUUUUCAAUGCUUUUAUUUAGACAGAUUAGAAUCAGGAGGUGCAGUAAAAUGGUGCAUUUUGUUGGAAUUUUACCCACUCACCCACACAGCCACACUGUAAGAAUUAUUCAGGGGCGAAUUGAAAUUGAACCACCCCUCCUCCCCAAAAAAGAAUACAUUUACUUAAUCAAAAUGAAUGCAAGUUGUGCAGAGCCCAAAGAACGGGGUUGAAUUCCCCGCUCCAAGCCUUCAAUCUGUUUCUCCCACCUAUCUGUAUCCUCUCUGGCAUUUCAUAACUGUCUCAAUAAAGUCAAAAUACCUCAAAAAUAUCUUUACAAAAAAUGUAUGCAAUCAUAUUAAUGAUUUGUUAAUUUCAUUUUAACAAAAUAAUGUAAGAAUAAAUCCAACUUAACAUGUUGCUCAAAAUGUCAGUAUCUUUCAUGACUAUAACCAAAGAGAGAAAAUUAGUGAUUGAACUCAUUAGAAGUCUGGUUUUAAUCAUGUUGCAUUUUCUAUCUUGUCACGUGACUCUGAUUUUAGAGGAUUGUGUGUAAUUUUUUUCUUUUUGACUUUAUGAUUUUUUCACACAAUGAUUCAUGCAUAUUUGCUGAAAUCCAAGUAGAUUUCUAUAUUAGUAUUGAGCUUGUGCCAUGAAGUGUGAUGGAUCAUGAUAUCUAAACCGUCAAAUUGACGUUCAAUGAGGACAGCACCCAUUCCCACAUUCAAGAUUAUUAAUGGUGAAGUGUAGAAUCCCACAUUUUUGCAGUUCAACCUCCAGUUACUGCUGGUGACUUGAACACUGUGCUUGACAAUGCCUGCCCAAAAUGGUAUAUAAUGUCAAAUGAUCAAAUACAUAACAAUGUUAAACAUUAAGGCACUUCAGAGAAAGGGAUCUAAUUCUGCACUAGACACGAUUCAAAACAUCACAAUGGAGUUUAGAAGCUUUAAAUAGAGGAAAGAGAAGGGAUCUAAUUCUGCACUAGACAGGAUUCAAAAUAUCAGAAUGGAGUUUAGAAGCUUUAAAUAGAGGAAAGAGAAGGGAUCUAAUUCUGCACUAGACAGGAUUCAAAACAUCACAAUGGAGUUUAGAAGCUUUAAAUAGAGGAAAGAGAAGGGAUCUAAUUCUGCACUAGACAGGAUUCAAAACAUCAGAAUGGAGUUUAGAAGCUUUAAAUAGAGGAAAGAGAAGGGAUCUAAUUCUGCACUAGACAGGAUUCAAAACAUCAGAAUGGAGUUUAGAAGCUUUAAAUAGAGGAAAGAGAAGGGAUCUAAUUCUGGACAGGACUUGAAAAACCAAAAUAGUGUUUUCAACCUUUUCUGUGAGUGCUCCCAGUCUGGCAAGGUGCUGCACACCACACCGUGUCAUGUUUCAAAACAUCUCAGGAUGAUGUGUUUCAACACUCCAGCAAAGUUAAGGUUUCGUCUCCUUCAAUUUGGUGGCAGCUCAGUUGCCACUAGUUUUGGCAUUACAAAGUACUUCAUUUUAACAAUGUUGAUUUAUAAAUGAAGGUCACUAAUUAGUAAGGAACUCCCCUCACCUGGUUGUCUAGGUCUUAAUUGAAAGGAUAAAACCAAAAGCCUGCAGACACUCAGCCCUCCAUGGAAGGAGUUUGACACUCCUGCAGCACAGUAUUGUAGACAAGGUGAACCAUGGGUGCACUGGUCAUCUGACACCAUGAUUUAAAGAAACAGUAACCACUUAGCUGACUGGCAUGUUUAGGCCAGUAAUGGGACUUUACCUCUCAAUACCAUCAUGCACAUUUACGUAGACACUCUUAUCCAGAGCGACAUACAUUUUCAACACUUUUUUUGUGCCAUGCUCUACUGAGCUGCACGGAACACAUACAUGAUAAUGUUGUGUGUGAUCACAUCAUAAAGGCUGUAUUGUGAACACAGUUAACCCCACAAGGCAUCAUACUCUGACAAGUUCUUUUUUCUUUUAUAGCAAGUCUAACCUGAGAAUCUGCAUUGUCUCCAGGUCUCUCUUGAAAAAUAGAUUUGUUUUAUAUCAACGAGAGUAACCUGGUUAAAUAAAGGUUAAAUACAUUUUAAAUAAGUGUUAAUCCUUCCAUGGUGCUGCUUGUAUAAGACACUGCUUUGCUGUUCUCUCACUGAGUGUACUGGAACAGAACAGCAAUGAUGAUUGCCAUUGACUGGCUAUUUAAAAUGAGACUUUUUAUAAAAUAUGUGUUGUUGCUUUUUUAAAUGUAUUAUUCAAUAAAUGUAUGAUAUUUUCUGAA